CUAACAUCUGAUAUUGUUUUGCGACAGUACGGCCACAAACUGACACCUUUGGAGCAAACAGAAAUUCUCUCCUACCCUGAAAUAUACUUCAUCGGACUCAACGCCACGAAAAGAGCUGGUGUUCUAGGGGCUCAGCACAACAAUGGUUACGAUGACGAACAGGGCACCUACAUACAUACCUGUCAUGAUCAUAUUUUGUACAGGUAUGAGUUACUCAAAGUUAUCGGUAAAGGAAGCUUUGGUCAAGUCUUGAAGGCGUACGAUCACAAAACUCGGUCAUAUGUGGCACUGAAAAUUGUAAGAAAUGAAAAACGAUUUCAUAAACAGGCCAAAGAAGAAAUUAGAAUUCUUGAGAAAUUAAGAUCAGCCGAUAGUGAAAACAAAAUGAAUGUCGUGCACAUGUUUGAUAACUUCAUGUUCAGGAACCACAUAUGCAUGACCUUUGAACUGCUGAGCAUCAAUCUUUACGAACUCAUAAAAAAAAACAAGUUUCAUGGAUUCAGUCUGCAAUUGGUCAGGAAGUUCUCCCACUCCAUACUUCAAUGUCUCGACGGUCUGUACAAAAAUCGCAUCAUUCACUGUGACCUGAAGCCAGAAAAUAUUUUACUGAAGCAACAGGGUAGGAGUGGUGCAAAGGUCAUUGACUUUGGAUCGAGCUGUUCAGAUGACCAGUGUGUUUACACUUAUAUACAGUCCAGAUUCUACAGAGCUCCUGAAGUGAUCCUGGGCAGCAAGUACACCAUGGCCAUCGACAUGUGGAGUCUCGGUUGCAUUCUUGCAGAGCUCUACACCGGAUAUCCAUUGUUUGCUGGGGAGGAUGAAUCCGAUCAAUUAUCGUGCAUCAUGGAGGUUCUAGGCAUGCCUCCGCAAUCAAUUAUCGACAUUUCGAAACGAGCUCGUUACUUCAUCAACUCGCGAGGCCUCCCACGAUACUGUACAGUCUCUCAACGACCUGAUGGCCAAGUGCAACUUGUGGGCUUUCGAACCAGCAAGGGCAAGUAUAGGGGACCACCUGGUACCAGAGAUUUGUCAAGAACAUUAAAGAACUGUGAUGACAAAAUGUUCGUUGAAUUUUUGACUCAGUGUUUCAACUGGGAUCCUGCAAAGAGGCUGACUCCCGCUCAGGCCAUACACCACCCAUGGCUGCGUCGA